GGUCAUUGGGAUUCAGCAUCGACUUUAUUUUUGUCGGUGACUCUCAUUGCCAGUCCGACCUCUGAACAGCAAACAACGGAUUAAACAAGACUUUUGCCUCGCACUUACCGGAAGCGGAGUGACUUAAGAUCAUUAAAAAGGUGUCUCAUUUGUUGUAUAUUGUCAGAGAUGCCGAAAGUGCCGAGUGAAAAAAGGAAGGAAAAAAACAACUGGGGAAAUGGAAAGCUGUUCGGCGCGGAAAAAGACGAAAACUCUUUUAGCGGCGGUGGUUUUAAGGACAAAGAAAAGGCCCAAGAAACUAUUAGGUUGCUGGAGGGAAGAGAUCCGGUGUACCAGUACCAAGUCAUCAACUCCAUGUACAACAGAGCCAAGGUGAUAUUCAAAAGGACGACCGAUCAGGAGAAGAGGAAGAAUUUGAGCGAAGCCGUCGAGACCUUGGAGGCUUGGGUAGACGAUUACAAAGCUCAUUCGAGGUCGAAAGAGAACUACAACUACUUGAAUCUUGAAAUCGUCGAGAUGUGUAAGCCGCUGGCGGAAAGGUACGGCUUCACGGAUUUCGACUUUUUGAAAUGUUACCAAGACGCCGAAGGCGACUUGAAAAAGUUGAGGGUCAAGAAAGUUCCCGGGAAAAGCAUCACUUGGGAUGUCGAAAGGAACAAUAGGUUGAAAAAUAUUUCAAAGGACAUGAACGACAAUCAUCUGCCUCUGUACGAAACGAGCGAACCACUCAGAGGGCUUCCAACGAAAGAACAUACCGAGAUGAUAAUGCUGGGAUACAGCAGCGAUCAAAGCAAAUUGAAGAAAUGCCUACCAUUACUUAAAGAAAAACUGCAAUAAUUGUUUUUGUUACUCUUUUUAUUAUAAUGAUUAUUUAUUGCCUAAUAAAAAACACAAUUAAGAGAGCAAACACUAUGUACACUAUUAGGCAAAAAUUAAAACUUUAUUUUACUAUCAACAAAAUUUAAGACCUCAAAGAAGUUUUCAUUAACUAUGACCCUAAACCAUUAUUUUUCUAUUUCUACUUACAUCCUGUCUUGUUAUAUAUUUUGUUUAUACCUACUGAAAUAUUAAAUGCUGCGCUGUCAUUUCUCUUUA